UCAACUGACGGAAGAUGGCGAAGCCCAGCCACAGCAGCUACGUCCUGCAGCAGCUCAACAACCAGCGAGAGUGGGGCUUUCUCUGUGACUGUUGCAUUGCAAUCGAUGACAUUUACUUCCAGGCACACAAAGCCGUUCUCGCUGCCUGCAGCUCCUAUUUUAGGAUGUUUUUCAUGAACCAUCAGCAUAGCACGGCACAGCUAAAUCUCAGCAACAUGAAAAUUAGCGCCGAGUGUUUCGACCUCAUUUUGCAGUUCAUGUAUUUGGGAAAAAUCAUGACAGCUCCGUCCAGUUUUGAGCAGUUUAAAGUGGCCAUGAACUACCUACAACUGUACAAUGUUCCCGACUGCCUAGAGGACAUACAGGACGCAGACUGCUCUAGUUCAAAAUGUUCAUCUUCUGCAUCCAGCAAACAGAACAGCAAAAUGAUAUUUGGGGUGAGAAUGUAUGAAGAUACUGUGGCUAGAAAUGGCAACGAAGCCAACAGGUGGUGUGCAGAGCCAAGUUCAACAGUGAAUACACCGCACCACAGAGAGCCUGAUGAAGAAUCUUUACAGUUAAAUAAUUUUCCUGAACCACUGUUUGAUGUCUGCAAAAAAAGUUCCGUGUCCAAAUUAUCUACUCCGAAAGAACGGGUGUCACGCCGCUUUGGCCGGAGUUUCACCUGCGAUAGCUGUGGGUUUGGCUUUAGCUGUGAAAAGUUACUAGAUGAGCAUGUGCUGACCUGUACCAACAGGCAUUCCUACCAAAACACAAGAUCUUACCACCGAAUAGUAGAUAUUCGAGAUGGGAAAGAUGGUAACAUCAAAGCUGAGUUUGGUGAAAAAGAUUCUUCUAAGACGUUCUCCCCGCAAACAGACAAGUACAGAGGAGACACAAGCCAAGCUGCGGAGGACUCGACUUCCACCACUGAAAGCAGGAAAAGCAGCGCGGUGGAGUCUGAAGUGGCCAGCGAGGACAAAAGCAGGGCAGCCGAGAGGAAACGGAUCAUUAUUAAGAUGGAGCCAGAGGAUAUUCCCACGGAUGAGCUCAAAGACUUUAACAUUAUCAAAGUGACUGACAAAGACGGCAAUGAGUCCACUGACAACGACGAGCUGGAAGAUGAGCCCGAAGAGCCCUUUUACAGGUACUAUGUUGAAGAAGAUGUAGGCAUUAAGAGGAACAGCAGGAAGACCCUGAAGCCGCGCAUGUCCGUCAGCGCCGACGAACGCAGGGGGCUGGAAAACAUGAGGCCCCCGAACCACAGCAGCCCGGUCCAGGAGGACUCGGAAAACGCAUCCUGCGAACUGUGUGGGCUCACGAUAACGGAGGAGGACCUGUCCUCGCAUUACUUAGCAAAGCACAUUGAAAACAUCUGUGCGUGCGGCAAGUGUGGACAGAUACUUGUCAAGGGCAGACAGCUUCAGGAACACGCACAGAGAUGCGGAGAACCCCAGGAUCUGACAAUGAAUGGGUUAGGCAAUCCUGAGGAAAAGAUGGACAUGGAAGAAAACCCGGAUGAGCAGUCGGAGAUGAGGGACAUGUUUGUUGAAAUGCUGGAUGACUUUAGGGACAACCAUUGCCAGAUUAACAGUAUCCAGAAAAAGCAGUUGUUUAAACAUUCUACCUGUCCUUUCCGAUGUCCUAACUGUGGCCAGCGUUUUGAAACGGAAAACCUAGUAGUGGAACAUAUGUCAAACUGCCUAGACCAGGAUAUGUUUAAGAGUGCCAUCAUGGAGGAGAACGAGAGAGACCACAGACGAAAGCAUUUUUGUAAUCUGUGUGGCAAGGGAUUUUACCAGCGGUGCCACCUAAGAGAACACUAUACUGUUCAUACUAAGGAAAAACAGUUUGUGUGUCAGACAUGUGGAAAGCAGUUUUUAAGAGAACGCCAGUUGCGCCUGCACAAUGAUAUGCACAAGGGCAUGGCCAGAAUUCAUGUAUACUGCUACGUUUCUCGGCUUUCAAAUUUCAAAAUAAAGUUAGAGUAAGUAUUGAAUGAAGUGAUGCUUAAAAUGUUCUCAGAACUUUCACAGUAGUCUUGGUGAGACUUAGUAACCUAAGUGCAAACGUUUUCCAAAUAGAUAUAUAUGCACAUACACAAUAUUUCUCAAACAUAUGGAUCUCAUAACCAUAUUAUUUUAUUGUGAUACUUGUAGUUUUGCCUUUGACUAUGUACUCAAUUCCUUAUGACGCUUAUUGUGUAAUAGUAAGAUGUUACAUCCUUUCAGAAAUGUUUGUUUUUUAUGCCUAGUUUUUCUAAUGCUGUAAGAAGUUACAUAAAGAGAUCUAACUUGAAGCAUACUAAACAUUAUAUGCAGAAUUUGCCGUUUAAACCGUUUAAAAACUCUAGCUGUAAAGUAGAAUGGCAGCUUGAAUUUGCAUUCUAAUAGUUAGACCUACAUCCGAAAGAUGAGUUCCAAUGCGCUGUGUACAGGGGGACAAGGGAGAAACUCCGGAAGAGUUCAAAUACAUAUGAAUUCAGCUGCUUUAGACAAAAAUAAGUCGAGAAGUAAAAGUCUAAAAAACACUAGAUUUAAUUUUGUUUGGAAACAUGAGCUUUAAAGAAUAGCAGGUUUCUGAAAAUAAAUAGGAGGAAAGAUAAGAGAAUCUUAACCACGGUGCCAGACAAAUACAGGAAUGAUGACUCAACAGAAAACAUUUUUGAUUGAUGGAAUUAGACUUAUUUUCUAAAAGAUGGCCUAAAUUCUGACUGUACUAAUUACAAAUGUAAUGGGUUAUAAUUAUAAAUUAUAUAAUUCAUUUUUAUAAUGUGAUUAUUUUCUGUAUGUUAGAAAAGGAAAUACCUGGAUUGCAUUUGUUACAUUUUUCAACCACUGUUUUUAACUAAUAAAAUUUCCCCCUCUGUGUU